AUGAAAGUUCUAAUUCCUGCCCUUACUCUCAUUCCAUUCUGCAUUCCAGCAGUCCUAGGUGGCCACCUCCCUGGUCCGGCCUACCCAGCGCCUGAAGAUAUCAGCAGUGAUUCUAGCCGGGUGGCUGCCAGCUGGAAGAAUGUUACCGCAACGUUAGAUCAAACUCUCAAAGGUGGUGGUUUGGGCAAACUAGCUUCAGCCAUGCUGAAAAACACCACUUUCUCAAUGGGCAUGUUCUCGCUACAUGAUCAGGACGCUAGUUCUUUGCAGUACCACCACACAGCCCCGUCUACUCUGAAUGGUACAUAUGGGACCAAAAGCGUCGACGCCGACUCCAUCUAUCGCGUGGCCAGUAUCUCAAAGCUCAUCACCACCUAUGCAGGCAUGGUGAAGCUCCAUGAGAAUGAUUGGAACACUCCGUUAACCAAGAUCUAUCCCGCUUUCAGGGAUUUCGUCGAAAAGACCGCGGUUGACUUCGAUGCCGCACGAGACAUCGAAUGGGACAAGAUUACUGUCGGUGAUAUUGCGGCACAUAUCGGCGGCAUUCCUCGACUGGGGCUCCCCAUCAGCGGGGAUCUUCUGCUACUCUCCGAAACCAAUCCAGCCGUCCUGAACACAUUUGGUCUGCCGCCUGUCAACCGGACCGAGAUCAUGGCCCAGUAUCCUUGCCUCCAAACUCUCGAUUCUGGGAGUAUAAAGUGUGAUAUCGAUGAUUAUGUCAAGGGAAUUGCGUCGGACCUUCCCAGAUAUCAACCUGGAGCCAGUCCUCUCUACUCCGACAGCGGCUUCUUCCUCCUUGGUGGUGCACUGGCCAAUCUCACCGGUAUGUCAAUGGAUGACCUCUAUAAAAAGGCACUUUUCGAGCCCCUGAGCUUGAAAAAUACCUUGUCCAAGCCUCCAUCUGAGCCUAAGGAUAUCAAGCGCACUGUUAUAGCCGGCACUGUGGAGUCAGCACUUGGAGAGGUCCCGAUCACCACACCCUCUGGUGGUAUCUACUCGACCAUCAACGACCUCUCAAAGAUCGGAAUCAGCAUCCUGAAUUCCACUCUUAUGUCAAUUGAUAAAACAAACCGAUGGUUAAAGCCUGUGACUUUCACCGGAGAUCUACACUAUGCAUUGGGUCGACCAUGGGAGAUCUAUAGAUACGAGUACAAGGACUCAGGCAUUGUUACCGAUAUCUAUACCAAACUCGGGGACUCUGGAAGCUACACGGGUUUGCUCGUUCUAGUGCCGGACUUUGAAAUCGGUUUCAGUAUUCUUGGUGCCAGCAACGGGACCGUUCAUACACAGACAAUUCAGUUCAUCGCCGAUACCCUUACGAAUUCCCUUAUGCCUGCCCUAGUGAACCAGGCCCGUCAAGAAACCCUUUCCAAUCUCGCAGGAACGUACAAGUCGAAUGACAAGAAACUGAACAACACUUUAACUGUCGCUGUCCCCUCAUCAUCCAAAUCAGCCCCGGGUCUUGUCAUCACUGAGUGGGUAAGCAACAGCACAGAUCUUAAGAGUCACCUGGCUGAGACUCUGAUCAACUGGGUUCCUCAACUGCCUCCCGCAAAAGCGAACCCUAACCUGGUUAGACUUGUGCCUACAAUCCAGGAUAUUGCAGGCUCGGGUCAAAUCGCUUUCCAGAUGGAGACGGUUGAUCCUACCGGUCCAAUUCCUGGCCAUCUCUUUACCAAGAUGUAUUCUGCUGGGGACUGGGCGAGCACCAUUGACCAGCUUACCUAUCACGAUAUUCCGAUCAACGAAUUUGUAUUCAAUGUCGACAAGAAGACCGGAAAAGCCCACUCUGUGACAGCAAGCGCUUACAAUAUUGAAUUGGAGCGUCAAUGA